AUGGUCGUGCACACGGACAAGCGCAUCCUCUGGGAUCCUCGGUCGGGAAGCAAGUUCAUUGUCGGAGGAGGCUCAACGAUAACGCUGUAUGAAUGUACACCAGACUCAUCUGAAAUCAGACAUGUAACUUCACAGAGCGAUCUGCAGUUUAUGAGAUGUUUCCAAUGGUCUCCUGACCCGGCGGUUGAAGACCUGGUAGCGGUGGGGCUUAACACCGGAACCGUAGAUCUUAUGCGUCUCGAAUCCACCAGAUAUGCAAGUAACCACGUCCUCACAAGUGGUCCCCGCGUAUCUCUACCGGUGCGGAACUCGCGAUCCUGCAAUACUCUUGCCUUCUGCGAUGUUCAACCGAAUUAUCUUGCGGUCGGCCUGGAAAAAGUAAGAAAUGAUCCCAGUCUUAUCAUUUGGGACGUCAGUACAGCGCGCAGUACGAUGCACAUCGGUCCAACGUCAGAUAAUAGUUUGAAUGUAGACGCGGUGAACGGGCGUUCUCAGCCUUUCCUCCCUCGGUCGGAAGUCAAUAGUAGUCGGGUGGACGCACGCAUACUGCAGCAGCAUGCGCCGACCGACUCGAUAUCUUCCGUGGAAUUCGUCCCCAACUCAGCAUACCUCCUGUUAGCUGGCGUAUCUCAUCGCUGGUUACGACUGUUCGACUUGAGAAGCCCAGUGCCUGGUGCGCACACUAACGUACCUAGCAAAGUCCACAGCAUCGCCACAGAUCCCACAGACCCCAAUCGCAUCGGCACCUUCGGUGAUGGCGUCGUGACUAUCUGGGACGCUCGUCGGAUCUCCUCCCAACCGCUGUUGACUUUCACCAUCAAAGACGCUUCUGCGGAUGGAGGCAGGGUGAGAUCUGGCGCAGCCUUCACAACAAUGCAAUUCUCUGGAACGCGGAGGGGUAGACUAGCAACUCUCGAAAAGAACUCCUCGCAUGUCCGGUUCUGGGAUCUACAGCACGCCCAAGUCAUCGAAACUAGCCCCGAGAGAACACGCGAUCCAACGAUGCAAUCUGGUCGGGCGCCAAGGCUAUCAUGGACCAGUCCGUCAAGUAUGCUAUCCUGGAGCUCUUCUGGCGGCAGUCCCACUACUGGGGAUGAAUACCUCAGACGUCCAUCCAACAUUGUCCUCGCCGAUACGCGAAAGACCAAGGAUUUCAACUGGACCCUCUCCUCCUUUGCACUUGUGCCGAGCCUGCAAACGCAUCCUCUCUCGUCCCAAGUAAUGGUCGUGAGUAAAGAAGGUGACCUUGAACUCUACGCGAUCCAUGACACGCCGAAAUACACGUCAUGGAGUUCGCGAGGAGACCUCGCCAUUGGGUGCGGCAAAUCAUGUCGGACAGUCCCAGGCUUUGAUCCUCGUACCCCGGAAAACCACUUGGAGCCAUGGGCUGUAGAUUCCGCCAACGAUCUUGCUGCCCCGCACGUUGAAGAUACAGAUAUACAAGCUUACCUGGCCAACGGACGGAGGAAAUCUGCCACUCCUGCACGGCCAUUCUUUGGACGAGGAGAUGAAGAUGGGUUCCCCGCUUUAUCCGCAACGUCUUCGAAGUCUCGCGAACGGGUGCAUCCCAAGGUUCCCAAAAACAGUGUCGCACCGAGUCCCGCGGCUCGCAGCGUCAAUUUGCCGGCUGACCGUUCCACUGCAACUGUGAAGCCAGGUGAGCUUCCUGUGUCUGGCGCCGCUGGUGAUAGGGCGUCCAUACGGCUCGGCCGUCGAGAUAAGAGUGCAUCUAAAGCAAGAAAACAUGCCAUGGACACCAUGCAUAGGUUUGUGGAGCAAGAUAUAUCUAUGAUAAUGAGAGGGAGAGUCCUGAAGGGCUAUGGGCUAAGUAGCGCAUACCACAACCAUUUAGUAACACAGGAUGAUCCCGUGGAAAACAACACUCUGUCCGAGCUUUGGGCAUGGAUAUCCUUUUCAAAGGACACGCUUUCCUCGCAAACCCUCAAGCAUUUUGGCCUCGACUUCUCCUAUGAAGGACUACUAGGAGUGUGGGAGUCGGCGCCGGCUACCUCUACCGCCCCGGGUACCCCAGAAGACCUCCAGUCUGCGCUGCAAAGCCCGCUCAUGCCUGUUCUUUCAUCCUCGAAUUUGUCUGCGUUGGGCUUGGAGUAUCCGCACCCCAUCCACCGGACAACGUCGCGGUCGAAACAUCACAAGGACCGACCUCACGCUUCAUCUUCAAUGGAUCCUCCCGUGGCGUUCAGCGCUGGGAGAGGACUUGAUACGCCAUCGGGCGGCCGGUUAAGUGUGCAUACGGCAAAGUCAGAGCAGAGGGAGCUUGCACUGCAGCUGUGCGGGUGGCAACUGACGCCUGAAGACUUUGCGAAUGAGAUACGGAGAUGGGAGAAGGAAGGGAAACACUCGAAAGCCGCCUGCUGGCUGGUAUUCACCGGUCAAUACUCUAAAGCUUUGGAAGUGUUGAUGCGGAGUAAAGACGAGACGCAUUACAUGAUGACAGGUACUCUUGUCGCACUGACCUCUCAUGCGUCGUCUAGUUCUUCGAGAAGCGCUGAGCUCCGCGAGCACACAGAACAUAUGAUAGUUCGCCUGCAAGACCCAUACUUUAGGGCAAUGCUCACGCUGCUGACUCUGCGAGACUGGUCCGAGGUUCUCGAGGAGGAGGCCUUGCCCCUCCGAGAACGAUUGGUUGUCGCAUUUCAGUUCCUGGACGACAAAGCCCUGUCAUCGUAUUUGCGCAGGACGGUGGACCGCGCUAUCACUCAUGGGGACAUCGAAGGCAUUGUCAUCACAGGGCUUACAAAAUCCGGUAUGGAGAUACUGCAGAAUUAUGUCGACAGUACGGGGGAUGUUCAGACUGCGGCUAUAUUGUCGUCCUAUGUCUCUCCGUCCAAGCUACAAAACCGUCGUGCGGAGAGGUGGUUGGAAGCGUACCGGGAUAUGCUGGACGGGUGGCGACUGUUCCAUCAUCGAUGCCAGCUGGACAUCGACCGCGGUGAGAUUAUCAAAAGAGCUGUUGAUGAUGGGGAAAUGGCUGCGCUCACCGGCGGGUGGGCUCCGAAACAGCUUAUGAUACGGUGCAAUUACUGCAGUAAGCCCAUUGAUGUUUCGGACCCGUUCACGACGUAUAAUGGUCGGACUAACAAUUGUCCCUCAUGCGGGCGACCGUUACCCCGGUGCUCGAUAUGCCUUAUGACCGUUACGAUAGUUCCCGACGGCCUCCGGGAAGCGGGGAUGGCCCGCUCUCAACACGAAGACACAAUCGACGAUGCAAUAGUGAUAUGCCAGACAUGUCGACACGGCGGUCAUGCUUCCCAUCUGUUGGAGUGGUUCUGCAGUGGAGAUGGAACUCGGACACAUAGGACCUGUCCUGUGGCGGAUUGUAAUUGUCAAUGUGCGGACAGAUUAUAACAUCUACCUUUUGCAAUUGGUUAGUUCUUGUGUCAUCUACCCGUUCUCUACUCGACAAUCCGAAUCUGUGUUCCAUUCGUC